AUGAUAAGUAGUGAAACUAUUACUAGUAUUAAUGACAACAACUUGCAAGAUCAAACAAGUUUAAAAUCAUUGAAUGAAUAUAUUGUAUUGAAUCAAACCGAUCUAUUCAUUCAACAAUUCAUGCGUAUUGAUACAACGAAUGAAAACCCUUUCUUCAAAAGUAACUUUAAUCAAUUGUUAUUUAAUAUUCUCAAAUAUGAGAAUCAAGUUGCAUUUGAGUUUGUAGUUGGUAGAUUACGUGGACUAGCACACGAUUUUGUUCAGUUUGUUAGUAAUCAAUGGAAACCAAUGGGAUUUGGGUUUGGUAUUCAUCCUGGUGUUGAACCGAUUAAAUGGGAACCAACCAAAAAGAGUGUAACCAUACUUUUACCUCAUGUUAAGGGAUGUAAAUCUGCAAUGCUAUACUCUGUACUAUUCCUAUUAGUACCUGUCUCUUGUGGUGAUUUAGAAUUAUUUAAUCAAAUUUGUAAAGAUAUUCUAGACCUAAACCAAAAAGAAAGAUUUUAUUAUAAUUCAAAUCAUAUUACAUUUAAAGAUUUAAUCUACAACAACGAUACAACAAAUAAUAAUAAUAAUCAAAAUAAUAAUAAUAAUCCAAAUAAUAAUAAUAAUAAUAAUAAUCAAUCAAAAUAUGAAAUAAUAUAUUAUAUAGUCAACAAAUUAAAAAAUGAUUAUGAUAUGGAUUUAAGAAGAAAUUUAUUUGUUGACGCAUUGGAAUGCAGCCGUCAAAAUAAUCAAGAGAUUCUGAAAUGGAUUAAAGAUAGUUUUGGUGGUAAUUCGAUUGACAAGUUUGAUUUCUAUGACCGUGAUUAUUUGUUUUUGGCACCUAUCGUUGAAAGAUAUGCAUCAUUGGAGACAUUGAAACUGUUAGAAUUCCCACCAAACUUCUUUCCAAUGUCAACCAAUGCUGCUAAAUAUGGUAACAAAGAUUUCCUAUCAUACAUGGCUACCAAAAACUACAAGUACUUGUAUCAAUAUGCACAAAUAGAAACAGCAUUAAAAGAAGGACAUUUGGAUUGCGUGUAUUUGUUAAAUGAUGCUAUUCUUAAAUUCGAUGAAUUGGGUGAAAAAGGGUACUGUCGUAUCGAUCUAUUCUUGAUUGACAGUAUACAUCCAUCAAUCAUGUCAUUGGAUCUUGUCAAACUAUUGGGUGCUAAUCCAUUUUUAAAAUUGACAGUUCAAGCAUUGGCACUUUCAGCAAUCUCUGCCAAACAAUUAGACACUCUCGAUCAAAUUCUAUCACAGUGCAAUACAAGUCAAUGUGUAUUAAGCGAUCAAGACAAGAAUAAUUUAGUUGUUGGUGCUUUGUAUGUUGCAGAUAAUACAGCUAUUAUAGAGUAUCUAUUGAAUAGAUUCUACCCAAACAGUAGUAGUACAAGUCCGGUAACAUUCCAAGUGUCAUCUGACAAUUUUGACAACAUUUCACCUCAGUCACUCGAAUAUUUAUCUUUAAAGAAUCAUCAACUUGUUAAAGUAUCCCCUUCAAUCUUUGCACCAUCAAUUAAAAAACAACUUAAUGAUACAUCAUCACUGGCCAAAUACUUUAGUGAUUAUUAA